AUGACAUCUCUGACGCCUACAAACUGCACUGGAUAUUUCCGAGAAGCGAGUCUUCUCAUCAUUGUUGAUGAACAACGUUCCAGCAGUCGUUUUGAGGGUCGUCCAAGCCAUCAAAAGAUCUUUCCGAGUCAUGACGCAAGGAUAUGGAAAUACGACGUAUGCGCAACGGAACGCACCCAGGCGAGUUAUGAUUAUGAAGGUGGAGCAUUACAGCACGGGGAAGUGUUCUACUUCAGCAUUGGCGAUAAGGAAGCGGUAAAGUUAGGUAUGCAGGUUUUUGCGUUCUUCGGCAAACAGCUAGAGUCAGAGAGAAAAAGGCGCGGACAGUAA